AUGACGAAGAUCCUCAUGACCAGCAUCAUGCUGGGCAAAGCGCUCGCGGUCUUCACGACCUCAAGCGCAGUUGUCGCGUACCGCGGGGACCGCGGGCAAUGUCGUGACAACAAGUGCCAGAGCGAUUUGUCAAGCUCGCUCGCCGCUGCUUCCAAUCUCGCUCCCAGAAGUUUGAGUCAAAGUGUACACAAGUGCAAACGGGAUCUUGGAACGUGGACCAAUGUUUGGUCCAAACAACAAGACCGAUGCUGGGCUCAGAUCGACGCCGGGAUCGACGGCCUGCUCGCCAGCGUCGAGAUUCUCGACUCGAGAUUACACAGAGCGAAGGCGCUGGCAAAAGUUGCAAGCCAAGAGUUCGCUCUCCGUUUGCAAGCACCCAGCCCCUCUCUAAAACCGAAAGAAGGCUUCCUGCAGUAA